GCAUACGAGGAUUUAUCUGCACUGAGAAAAGAGAGCGGCCCAAAAGACCCUCAAAAAUCCCUUCUUUUGAGUGUCAAUGAGGCGUAUAAUUUACCUGUUUGGAUUAACUGGUUAACAAAAAACCUGCGCCCCGUCCAACAAUCUUGAAAUUAUUGCGUCGCCAUGGGUUGUGGUGGCUCCAAAUCCAUGAAUGUGCCCUCGGGGCCCUCGGACUACAAGUACAUGGUCCAGCAGACGUGGGACCAUGUGGGCAAGACGUUGGCGAGAGGAGCAUCCAAAAAGAACCUGGUCAUCAAGCGGUCGGGAUGGAAGACGAUUCGCGUCUUUGUGUCCUCCACGUUCAAGGAUUUCCACGCUGAAAGAGAAAUACUGGUCAAAGAGGUUUUCCCCGACUUGAGACAGUGGUGUGAGACUAGACGAUUGCAUCUUGUAGAGUGUGACCUGCGAUGGGGAGUUCCCAAAGACACAUCCACCGAAGAGACACUGCGUCUUUGCCUUGGAGAAAUCGAUCGUUGUUACCAAGACAACGUCAUGCCUUUUUUCCUCAAUCUCACAAGUGAGCGUUGCGGUUGGAUCCCAACCCCUUACGAUGUACCCGAGUCGUUAGCCAGGGAAUACCGCUGGGUACCAGGACUGUCGGUCACCGAAAUGGAAAUACUGCACGGCGCGUACCGCAUCGACAAUCCCAACUCUCUGUUCAUGAUCCGGAAUUCCUCGUUUCUGAAGAACCUCCCGGAGGAAUAUGAGAAGGACUUCGUGGACCCUAACCCCAUCGCCCCUCACAAGCUGGGCAUGCUCAAACAGAUGCUGAAAGGCAAACUGCGUGAUCGAGUGAAGUGGUACGACUGCGAGUUUGCCGGAAUUGACGAAGAUGGCAAGGCUGAAUUUAGUGGCUUGGACGAAUUUUUCUCCAAAGAGGUCUUUUCCUUCUUCAAGUGCCGUAUCGAAGCCCAGUACCCGUUGGUGGAUGCCAGCCAAGAUCCCUAUCAACAAGCUAAGGAAGCUCAUGAGUCUUUCUUGAAGAGUCGUGGCGCCUCCGUUCUGGGCCGCAACGCCAUCCUGGAGAAGAUCGAGCAGUACGUCGUGGACCUGGGUCAAGACAAGACCUUGAUGAUCACCGGUGGAGCAGGCACGGGAAAGUCGUCCAUCAUGGCCCGCACGGCCGACGUGGCGCAGACCUUGGCUAUGAAUAAGAAGAUACCUGGUGGCGGUGGGCAGGGUUGGCACGUCUUCUACCAUUUUGUUGGUGCCGUGCCAGGUUCCACGGACUUGGAGAAGUGCCUGAAAAGACUUCUGAAAGAAUUGAACCAAGUUAAUGAAGCAACGAUGCCAAAGAAUCUGGAAGCGGCAUGUCAGUUGGUCUGCAGCGUUCUGAGCAACCCAAAGACUAGACCUGUCAUUAUAUGCAUUGAUGCCCUCAAUCAGUUUGAUGACGACAAGUCCUCCACUCUGCUCAGCUGGUUGCCACGGAAACUGGCGCCCCAGGUGCGAGUGAUCUUGGCCAUGAUCAAUGACACUCCGCCCCACAAAUCCCUCGUGGAACGUCCUAAUAAACCGCAGGAGGUGGUCGUCACACCGCUGGAUAUGGAAGCUAGGAAGGAGAUUGUCACGGAGCUGUUAGGGAUGUACAACAAACGUCUGGAUGCUGCACAGAUGGAGAGUCUCUUAGCUAAGGAGUCUUCUCAGAAUCCUCUGUGGCUGGCCGUGGCUUGCGAGGAACUCCGUGUGUUUGGACUCUUCGAUCGUCUGACCGACAAAAUCAACAACAUGGCAGACGGGCUGCUUGAAUUGCUGGAGCAAGUGUUCACGCGCUUUGAGCAAAAGAACGGCGGCAUGUUGCUAUCGGCAACCCUCUGUCUCCUGGAAACCUCGGCAACUGGGCUCCUUGAGACGGAAAUUCUGAAGAUCCUUGGAGACGAAGACAAUCUCCUGCCUCAGGAGAAGGAUUCGGAAACGGGCAAAGAUAAAGGCGCCGAGAAGAAGAACAAAGAUGUCGGGCCUCUAGCGGCGGCCAAGUGGGCGGUGGUCUUCCGAGCUCUCAAACCAUUCCUGCGACCGUUUGGGGAGAGCGGGGAGGGAAGGCUGGACUUCUACCACCGGGCUCUCAGCAAAGCUGUCCGCAAAAAGUACUUUUCAAGUGAAAGCGAUUCCCCGGUCUCGGACCAGAUGUGGUGGCACAAGAAACUGGCUGAUUUCUUCAACGAGUCGGACCAUGUCGAACGCAAAGUUGAAGAACUGCCGAUUCAUCUUCUUAAAUUGGAAGACACGCAGCGUUUGACGGCUUUCUUGACCAACUGGGACGUCUUUGAUAAAUUGUACAACGAAGAUUACAGCACUUUACUCCUCAAGUACUGGCGAGAGGGUCACGGCGAGGGAUGGCAGAAGAUGAUGGGCAACAACUACAGAGAGAAUCUGGAGAAACUGGUGGCGAGUGAGGAUACUUCUAAAGAAGUCCUGGCCAUGCGCUAUGAGCAGAUAUCUAGAGUUGUUAAUCAAUCGGGAGAGCACACUGCCGCCAUCACGUUGCUGGAGAAGGCGAUGGAGUUGGAGCAGGAGUUGGGAGCCAGACCGGAACGGAUGGUGGAACUCUUUGCCCUGACGUGCACCGUCUACGAUGACAAACUGAAGCUGUAUGAGUACGUUGACCCCUGGCAACUUCGUGAUCUCCGGCAUGUUAUCAGCUUUGCACGGAAGUCCAUCGCGCUGAGACAAACUCUGGAGGGCCCGGUACACAAGUACAAACUGGGACGAAUCAAGAUCCAGCUAGCCUUCAAUCUGCAGGCUUGGGUGGAGUGCGGCGCGGAUAACACGCUAAGCGUGGAAGAGGCGGCUGAAGAAGGCAGACAGCAAAUUGAGAGCGCCAUCGAGAUCUUCAAAGAGCUCGAUGACGUGGGUCACCUUGCUGACUCCAUCAUGACGAAAGGUGUGUUGGAAGAACGUGGGAGCGAAGAACAAAAGAAGUAUUAUUUAGAGGCUUUCGAUCUGUGCCUUCAAGCGUACGGGGAGUACAGCGUUCUGGCAAGUCGGAUAUUACUGAAUACGGGUAUCAUGUAUGAGGAUAUGCGCAAGUACGAUGAGGCUUAUGGCUACUAUAUCCGAUGGCAGGACGUGUGCGAAGAAGUGUUCGGGUACCACCACCCGCGGACCCAGCGAUGCCGCAACUGCCUCAACGAGCCCAUCUACAUAGGAAUCGCCAACAGGGUCGCCAGGGAGGCCAACCAACGGUCCAGGGACCCCAACGAAAACCGAAACGCUGACGAGCGAGUCGACAUCGAUGACGACGAAGACCCGCUAGAUGACGAAGAUUCAGAUGAUGAUGAUGAUGAAGGCACUUAUGACAACGACCUAAUUGAGAAUAACUAGAAGAUGGCAGUGUUGAGGCGAAGAGUGUUCUACUGUUUCCAGAAUUCAGGGCUGCAAAGAUUUACGGAUUUUGUUUAUAAGUAUAACAAAGCCCUCAGGAUUAAAAAUUGCCAAAUGUUGCUGUCUUUGAAGGACAGACGAUCGCUGUACGCCUUCACUUGGGUCUUUCCUCUAAUGUGAAAACGCUGUUGGUUUGGGCAAAUUAGUCAUGCCCAUUUUAAUCAAACAUAUGCAAACCAUUGCGCAGUGUUUGAGUCAAAGUACUUGUGACGACAUUAUUUAAUAAGCCUCUUCUACUGUUCUAAGAACUCAGUGUUUGCAAAGCUUAUGGACUAUAUGCAUAACUACAACCUUGGGGGUAGAACUAGUCCGGAAAUUUGGGGCUCUCAAAACUGUGUAUGAGAGUCCCAAAACUUAAGGUAUUGAAAACAUGCAAAGCAAGAAAAUAGACUGGCACCUAAAACAACCAGUCCAACACAGCUUCAGUACUGCAUCUAUCAACCAUGCUA